GAGUUCCGCAGCACGUGGAAGGGCGAGCGCUGCGUCGCGUUGUUUAGGAGGCCCUAAGAAGGGCCGGGCCGGCUUUUGGCCGGACCUGCUGCGCUGCCCCUUCUUUCCAAGCCUGUUGGGAAAGUCACGCGAAAAGUUUACCGAGUUGGUGCGCGGCGACGCCGGGCAAGCCGGUCCCCCCUGCGAAGAACCCCUAGUUCUGGAGGCGAGACAGGAAGGAAGCGGGAGGCGGGGCUGGAAGGGACCUCCUCUCUCCUUCGCUGGGCAAACCCCCUCGCCCCCGGGCGGCAGCGCAGCAAGCAAGGCCGGCCCCCCUUUCCCUGAGACCAGCAGUGACUCUUACGGCAGCGGGAGCGCCGCGCCGCUGCGGCGCUAUAUAAGCCAAGGCGGCGUUCAGUCACCCAAGUCAGUAGCCGGGGCGCUGAGCGAGACAGCCGCCCUUUUCGCUGCCGUCUGUGCAUUCACACGUGCUCCUUAAAACGCGCGUCUGGACCUCCUUCUGCGUUUGCUAGCCUUUCUUUCGCCUUCUUCCCGGGAUGCCUCCCAAUCUCAGCGGCUACUACCGAUUCGUCUCCCAGGACAACAUGGAGAAUUACCUCCGUGCCUUAGACAUUAACGUCGCUCUGAGGAAGCUGGUUUGCCUCCUGAAGCCAGACAAGGAGAUCAUCCACAACGGGAACCACAUGACCAUCCGCACAUUAACUACGCUUCGGAACUACAUCAUGGACUUUGACUUGGGGGUUGAGUUUGAAGAGGACUUGGGGCCGGUGGACGGGCGGAAGUGCCAGACUAUUGUUGACUGGGACGGAGAGCAGUUGGUGUGCGAACAGCGUGGAGAGAAACGGAAUCGGGGCUGGAAACAUUGGCUCGAAGGGGACCGGCUGCAUUUGCGCAUGACUGCAGAGGAUGAAGUCUGUGUCCAAGUUUUCCAGAAAGUGAAGUGACAGGAACUUACCCGCCAACCCAGUGUCCGCCUGAUACCAAGCACUGACUUCAGGAUGCAGCAGAACCCCAGAGAGGAAGGUUGUCCAUUCCUCACAACAUGCCCCAAACCUUUGUUUUUGCAAUAAAAUUAUCCGUUGUCUCCGUGUCA